GAGUAGAUGAUGAACCAUAGUGCUUAAUUAAACAUUGAUGGCUAAUCAAUUGGGUUGUCUCUUAUCAGAAGCCGAGAAGAUGAGCAAUAUCCUGACUCUAGUGAAUGCAUUCAAAGCCUUUGACUCGGACAAUGACGGGUCGAUUACUUCUGCAGAGCUUGGCGGAAUUUUGAGCUCCCUUGGUCACAAUAUUAGUGAACAAGAUUUGAGAGCAAUGAUGCAGCAGGCAGACACAGACAAGGAUGGGCUGCUGAGCUUAGAGGAGUUUUUGGAGAUGAACACCAAAGAUAUGGAACUUGGUGGCCUUCGAAAUUUCCUUACAUCAGUUUUAGAAUCUGUGGAUGCUGAUGAGGAUGAGAUUUUGACGGGAGAGGAGCUACAUGAAAGAUUUCUACUCACUCUAGCCAAUUGUCAGGAUAUGAUUGUUGCUAUGGAUGGAGAUGGAGCUGUGAGCUUUGAUGAACUUCAAGUACUAGUGAACUCCCUCUUCGAUUAAUCGUCAACAACUAUUUACUAUACGUGGGUUAUAUUAUAUCCAAAUGCUGAUUAUGUGAAACAAUAAGCAUAUAAUAAUUUAUCUUCUUAAGUCCUCUGUGUUUUUGUGAGUAAACAUUAAUUAUUAUUGAUGUGUGAUAAAAAUAGAAGGGAUUGAACAUUUCAUACA